GAAGGCGUCGUGGUGGAAGAGACCGAGAAUGAUGAUCUAUAGGCUUUGAUGCGCACCAUCGUGGCGAUGCAGUUGAGGACCGACUCCAACAUGGAGACGGUGCGUGCGGAAGUUGAGGAGGCAAAGCGCGAACGUGACAUGAUCAUGAAACUCCUCGCCAGCAUGCAGGAGGAGUAGAGGAGGAUGGCGGCUGCGCUAGGGCUCGACAUCGACCAAGGCGGACCAGGUGGUGGUGGCCGGGCACAGCGCUGCCGCAGGAGACAGGACUUGACCGGAGCUCCGGGGGUUAGCGAGGCGGCGAUGGGGGCCGGAGAAAAGGCGACGGCGGCUGCGCUAGGGCAGGUGACUACCGAGCGGAUGGGCCGAGAUGCCAGUGAGCUUCAAGGCGGGAUCGGGCUACUAUCGACCCCGACGACAGAGGAGAUUGCGGAAAUACAUGGCAAGGCGAAGGUGUUAGGCUACGACAACGUGGUUCAGAAUCCAUGUUUCAUGCCGUUGGGCCCAAGGACCCAAGUAGAAGGCGCAAGACAGGCCGGGGACCCGAACUGGCUUGGGUGGCUGGGAAUGGGAUCAAGCCCCAUAGGUGACUAGACGGGCCGAGUGCAACGGCCUGGAGGCGGGACUGAGCUGGUCUCCUAGACGGACCGGGGUCGAGCGGACCAACGAAACGGAUCGGGCCUUGGUGAUCAAAUCGAAGCUGGGUGGACCGAUAGUGGUCAAACCAGAAGUGAACCGAACUAGUUUAGGUUGACUCAGAACAGCAGGCCGACCGUAGGAUUUCUAGGCCAGCUGGAGUACUCAGGUGCACUAUACCCACCUUUCGCAGCACCGGCAGACACCGGGCAUCAACCGGGGCGGUACGGACACUACUAGGAGGACGACGGGCAUGGCAGGGGCCCCUAAGAGACGCGCGCGGUCCAGUUGGAUAC